AUGGAGGGCCGGGACGCCGAGCCGCAGCGCGCUGCUGGAGGGCUUGGCCUGCUGCAGUCGACCGUGUCGGCCGUGGUGUCCCUUCCGCACACCCUCGCGAGCCGGGUCGUGUCGGGGCGGAUGACGAUGGGCGAGGGCGCUUGGGACGAGGUGCGCGAGGCGGAGCACGCCGCAGUGCUCGCGUCCGCGCGCGAACAGACGGAGGACGUCCAGGUGAUCGCGGACACGGGCUGCGUGCGGCUGCCCACGCGCCUCGUCGACCGCGACGGCGACCCGGUCGUCGUCGUCCUCGGCGCCGACAUCCGCCCGCUCGCCGCGCCGCCCGCGCACCUGCGCAUGUUUGCCGCGCUGCAUGCGGAGGCGCAGGGGCUCGCGAAGGACGGCGCGCGGUACUCCGUGCUGUACGUGCACACCGGCGCGUCGCUGCGGAGCAACAGCCCGGGCCUCGCGUGGGCGUGGUGGGCCUGGGAGCGCCUCCCUACCCGAUAUCAUGCCGGGCUCAAGAAGUGCUUCGUGCUGCACCCGAACGCGACGCUGCGCGCGGGCCUGGCCGUCGCGUGCCCGGCGGACCUGUACGCGAAGGUGGAGAUGGUGCACCGGGUCGAGUUCCUCGACGACGCGGUCGCCGUUGAGGACUUGAGAGGGGUGCUGCCUGACAGGGUGUGGGAGCACGACCGGCUGCUCGAGGAGCACCCGCUCCUGGACUACGGGAUCGUCGAUACCGAGAAGAUCUACGCGCCGCGGGCGUCGCUCGAGAUCGAGCGCGAGGACUGA